AUGAGCACCAUCGCCGACACGCACGAUCCAUUUGCCGAAGAGAACAUUCAGAACUGCAAACGAUGCAGCAAUCCCAUCUACGAAGGCCAUGCCUAUGAGUUGGGUGAUGAUAGAUGGCAUAUCAAUUGCUUCAGAUGCUCCAAAUGUGAUAGCUCCUUGGGGUGUAAUUCGAAUUUUUUGGUUUUGGGAAACGGAAACUUGAUCUGUUCCAACUGCUCCUACAACUGUAAACAGUGUGGUAAGAAAAUCGAUGAUUUGGCCAUCUUAACCGGCGACCAGGCGUAUUGUUCCUCAUGUUUUAAGUGUAGGGCUUGUAAACAGAAGAUUGAAGAUUUAAGAUAUGCCCGGACACUGAAGGGGCUCUUCUGUAUGAGCUGUCACGAGAAGUUGAUGGCCAAAAAGAAGAAGUAUGAUAUGAAGAAGAAAACCUUGCGCAAAGAUAAAGAUAAGAAGUUGGAUCAUAUUGAAAAGGACCGGGAUUUGAAACCCACCAACUCGAGCUCCACCGUGGAAGUCUCCACCCCUCUAUUGGAUGAACUAGAAGAAAAGCCCUUGACCCAGCCCCAAACGGUGCUGACUUCGGUUUUGCAAAGUGAGUCUGAUUUGUAUGAUUUAUAUGACCGGUCCAGGUCUCCCACUCCACAAUUGUCGUCUAAGACGUCGAGUGCCAACGAGCUUUAUAAAUCCAUCACCAGGUCGUCGUCUACCAUGUCCAAGGCCAAAGACCUUCCUUCCACUCCGGACUUAAUUCAACCAUUUGACAGCAAAAAACAUAAGAAACUGCAAGCGCCAAUUUCAAUCCCGAUUUCUGCUCCAGUCCCACCGGAUAUUGAGCAACCCGAACCUAAAAAGGCGUCUAUUGAUAGAGAGUUCUCAAUUGAAGAAAUCAACGAUUCAGAUGAUGAAUUAAACCAACGUGACGCCUUAAAAUCCCCUGGAAAACUCCAACCAGCAGUCGAGAUCCAAAAACACCACAACUUAAAGCUUCCUACGUCUCCCGCGUCAGUCUCUCAUACAAAGUUCCAAGGGAAGAAUUUACUCAUAUUGUCACCUGGUCAGAAUAGUGAAGAAGCACUCAGAUCCCCCAAAUCACCUGAAAGCAUACCCUUUGAUAAGGCUUCACUUGGUGUUGAAAGUGAUCAAGCCAGAUCAAGAUCCAGUUGUCCCAGUCCUUUUGCAAAAAACAACAGGCACGCAAGGGUGUUUGAUGCCCAAGAUAAUGAUAAUGAUAAUAAUGACAAUAACGACAAUAAUGGGAAGGGAUACAACGAUUACAAUGACAAUGUUGAAGGACUUCAAGAGGAUACUGGAGACAAGACCAUUGAACCAAAUAAUUCAACUCCAACUGUUCAGAGUUCCGGGGUAGACACAUCAGCUGAGCUUGCUACUCCCAAGAGAAAGCAUCACAGGACUCCUUCUAAUACCAACUUCUCGUCCCCACCUCCAAGAAUGCCAUUACCAUCUGUUCCUCCACUCUCGUCUACACCAUUGCAAAAUCGGAGAAACUCGAUCGAAUCAGACAAUUACUACCUAGGAAAGGCCAUUAACAAUGAUGAGUUUUUGAGUGGGUUGGGACUAGAGGGUGUCGAAUACAGCGAGCAGAACGGAAUGCAGCACAAAAGAACUGGCAGUAACCUGCUUUUGAAGAACACGAAAAUCGUCAUGAAUCCAACCCCAACUGUGACCAAUCUUGAAGAAUCUCCCAACGAUUCUAGUCUCCAUAGGAUGCAGAGUAUCAUGAAAACACCAAGAUUGGGAUUAAGACACAAGCGAUCCAUCAGUGGAGGAAGUAACAAUGGAUCCAGUAGUAUCUCCAAGCUAAACUUUUUCAAGGGCAGAGAUGAUCGAGGCCAUUCCCGCCAUGUCAGUGAUGGUUCGAUUAGUGGUGCUAUACACAAUGGAGGCUCUGGAACCUACAUGGCUCCUGGGUUUACCGUUGCUGUCCACAGCAGAUCGACCUCAGAAAACAACUAUAUCAACCAUCGAAACUUUGAGUUCUCUGAUAUUCUUUCUGGCACCAACGACUUUGAUUUAAAGGCUCUUCGGUUGGAAGUCAGUCAAUUGGAAGCUAAAAAAGGAAUCUUGGGGAAUGAUGUCAAGAAGUUGGAGGACGAGAAGCAAAAAUUGGGAGAAGAGAUAGAAGUCAUGAGGGUCCGGUAUAACGAUGAGUUCAGAAGACUUGACACACUCUCGAAAGAAGUCACUGAUUUGCGGGUACACAAACGUGAUUUGGAAUCCAAGUCGUCUUCCAGUGAAGAGACUGCCGUCCACACUGCACACCAGAUCUCACAUCAUCCCUCGAACUCUUCUUCGUCUUUGGUAAAUCACACCACAGAAAUUGGAAAUGAUGAAGUGGUUGAAGCUCAGAAGGCCACCAAAUUGAAAUUCUGGAGAAGAGCCAAGAUGGGCUUCAACAAUGGGCCUAACUUGGUAGUUCCAGCCACAGGUACGUUCCAAGUAUCACCCAACCGUAAUGAGGAUGAAGAUGGUGGUAAGAAAGGCUUUGGCUUGAUGACCAAGUCGCGGUCUACCAACAUCUUGGACUCGUUCUUAAGUAGCAAUACGGCCCUUAGUGAUUCUCAAAGUCAGGACGGUGAGCCUAGUUUAUUCAACUCCAGCAUUGAGAAGAGAGCUAGGCUUGAGAACAGUGCCAUUCCUUUGAUUGUCACCAGAUGCAUCCAAGAAGUAGAAGAAAGAGGGUUGGACUUGGAAGGUAUCUACCGAAUCUCGGGAGGUAAUCUGACCAUCAUUGCUAUUGAGCAGGCUUUUACCAGCAUCAACCCCAGAAUCAAGGACGACAGGAACCUCGCCAAGUUGAAUGAGGUACUUGAUUGUGACAUCAAUGCCAUCACUUCUGCCUUGAAGAGAUACUUGAGAAAAAUCCCCAACCCAUUGAUUCCAUUUGAGGUUUACAACGACUUCAUCAAGUUGAACUCCGUGCAAUCACUGACCAAGAAAAUUGCCGAGUUUAAGCUGAAAAUCAUUGACCAACUUCCUGAUUCCAAUAGGCAGGUGCUACACUUGUUGUGUAAACAUUUACAAUUGGUGGACUCCUACUCUAAUGUCAACCGAAUGAACUACAAGAACUUAUCGGUUGUGUUUGCCCCCACCAUUGCCCGAGACGAAACGGGACAGCGGGAAAUGAUGGAUAUGGGUAGCAGAAAUGAUAUGACCGAGUUUCUCCUAACAAACUAUAGCCUGGUAUUCGAUUAAUCUAUGUACAAAAUAAAGUCGUGAGAUGAGUAAAUUUAUUGUAUGCCGAGCAUUCUUGACUAGUGUAUGUCCUUUAUUUGGUCGUUCAGGUACAUUUCAAGUCGUCUAGUACCUGCUCGAAUCAAAUGCUCAACCGCUGCAAACAGCUUCUUGGGUAUGUGCUGAUGCUUGUCGAACUCAUCACGAGUGAAUUUCCUCCAGUGGGGCUGGUACUCCACGGGCUUUUUGUAAGCCAUACGCACACACGAGCGGUAGAGGUGGAUAACCUGUUUCUGGAGACCUGAGAGUUUCAUUGGCAAUAUCGGGUUUCAUCAGCAUCAACUAGUAGGGUUCCCGAACAUCGCGAGUCGCACACCGGGACGUGCCUCAACCACACAUACCCGAACAGGUGCGUGUACCACGCGAGCAACAGAGAGAAACAGCGUGC